AUUGAAGACCAACAAAAUUGCGAAGAGAAUCAAUUGAUUUACUCUUGUAAUUCCGUGGGUCAUAUUUUACGUAUGUUCUAUCUGGAUCGAAUGAUACCUUCGAUUUUUCUUCAACUGAGUGGCCGGCUCUGUAUCCAUUCGAAUUAAAUUCACCUGGCCGAUUUUUUGCUGUCCUCACCUACGAGACGAUUGGAAUGUAUUUCUUGAGCCUUUUUUGGGUUGCUGCGGAUGGUCUUUUUGCUCAGCUCGCAACGCAUUUGUCGAUUCAGUUUCAAAUACUUGCCAAUGAAAUUCGCUACAUGCAUCCAACUGCAAAUAAUUCGCCGUACAUGGAUUUCUUCAUCUAAAUAUGCCACAGCUUACUACGAUCCUCAGCGCGGCUAUGAGAUACUUCACACUUCUACGCAGUGUUACAUAAUAUUCACUUUUAAUCACGAGAGAGAAUCUGAAGGGUAAACCUCAUGUACGAAUUUGAUAAACAUUGAUUAGCUGCCACAGGUGAUGAAUAAAGAUGAUUCAUUAAAUGUUUAAAAUCUUUUGCUAUCAUUUUUUGUGAAAGGUCUCAGGUAAUUUCAUAUUAAUAUGAUUCCUAACACCGACUGAGCCAAAGGUCUGAUUACCCUGGAACCUCCGGUUCUGGUUUCGCGGUUUUUUUUAUAUAUUUACCGAUUAUCGCGCAAAUAUUUUCUCUAAUAGGAAAAGUAGACGAGAAAUCGAUCACAAAAUAUCUCGAUAGUCUCGACAUAUGUCGGACGAUCUCGUUUCUUAUCAUUUUAUAUCGUAGAUUAUAUUAUAGGAUAUUUUGUUCCUUCGUACCCCCAAACAAUUAUUUUAUUAAAUAAAAGUAAAGUAAAAGAACCCUUUAUUUGAUAAUAUAUAUGGAGCAGCAACUAAAUAAAUAAGACUCGUUGACAUUAAUGAGCAACUUAACAAGCAUAAGAUAAAUGAGAAUUUUAAUCAUGAACCGAAGUCAUAUUCUUUUGUUGAUAAUGGCAUUGAGUAUCGGAUUACUGCAGAUUUUUGAUGAGUCACUCACCACUGGUCUUUUCAAAGCCCUAGGAGAUAUAGCUAAGAUACCGUU